AUGGGCGUUGCUCCCCGGCCAGUGCGGCGCUGGGAGGCUCAGGGGUCCUGGGCGUCGCGUAAACCUCCGAGCGUUCUCCAAGGCGCCAACUUGGGAGCGAAUGACAAAGGAUUGGGAAGAAGGACUGAAAAGAUACGUGGUUUCCUUUUACAAAACCAGACUAUUUAUGAGCCUCACUUCAGGAAAACUCAGUAUGUGAAAAAGUGGAUGUUCAAAGUAGUCAUUUUAUCAAAGCAGCAGUAUGACCGUGAUAUAGUUUGGAAAGUCCCCAUAUCUAAGAAGUUAUCUAAAUGUGGUUCCAGCUCCCCUCCCUUGGCUGAUUUGCACUGUAGACUCCACCUCUGGCAGCGUGCAGGAGGCGGGGCUGAGCACUUAAAGUGGAGCUGCGCUCUGCAGUUCUGUCCAGUUCCAGGCAGUGUUCACUCACGGCUACAGGGCUCCUCCUGGGCGUUACCUGCUUCUCGGGGCACGGGAGUACUGAAGAUGGCCAGCCGCAGACACGUUGUUUGGGCUCGAAAGAGCAUGUAUCAGCUACAACAGGAAGCCCCUCAUCCUCGGAGGAUUACCUGUACUUGUGAGGUAGAAAACAGACCAAAGUAUUAUGGAAGAGAGUUUCACGGCAUGAUCUCCCGAGAAACUGCUGACCAGCUCUUGAGUGUGGCUGAAGGGAGUUACCUCAUUCGGGAGAGUCAGAGGCAGCCAGGAACCUACACUUUGGCUUUAAGAUUUGGAAGUCAAACCAGAAACUUCAGGCUCUACUACGAUGGAAAGCACUUUGUUGGGGAGAAACGCUUUGAGUCCAUCCACGAUCUGGUGACUGAUGGCUUGAUUACUCUCUAUAUUGAAACCAAGGCAGCAGAAUACAUUGCCAAGAUGACGAUAAACCCAAUAUAUGAGCACAUAGGAUACACAACCUUAAACAGAGAGCCAGCAUACAAAAAACAUAUGGGAGUCCUGAAAGAGACACAUGAUGAGAAAGAUGCUGCAGGCCAGGAUGGGGUGUCAGAGAAAAGGGUGUCAUCCAACAGGACAGGGAUGAUGACCUGUUCAACAACUUGAAACAUUGAUUCCCUGUCACAGUGGAUGACAUUU